GUUCAUUUCUUUCAGCUGAAGUGCUUCACGGGUCCUGAGGUGGGAAUUUGUUGCUGUUUUUGAGGAAGGAUGUACUGCAGGGGUGUGUGCUGCUGUAACCGCUGGUCAUCUGAGGACAGGUUAGAUGGGAAAACAGUCAUCAUCACCGGAGCGAAUACUGGUAUUGGCAAAGAGACAGCAAGAGACCUGGCAGGGAGAGGUGCGCGUAUCAUCAUGGCAUGCAGGGACUUGGAGAGGGCAGAGGAGGCCAGGUCGGACAUUUUGGAAGAAACAGGAAAUGAGAACUUGGUUAUAAGGAAGCUGGAUCUGUCUGAUACCAAGUCCAUUAGAGCCUUUGCUGAAAUCAUCAACAAAGAGGAGAAACAAGUAAAUAUCUUGAUAAACAAUGCAGGCAUCAUGAUGUGUCCCUACUCCAAGACUGCUGAUGGAUUUGAAAUGCAGUUAGGAGUCAAUCAUUUGGGUCACUUCCUGUUGACUUACCUGCUGCUGGACCUCAUAAAGCAGUCAGUCCCGUCCCGUAUCGUUGUCGUGGCAUCGGUGGCCCACACCUGGACUGGGCUACAGCUGGAAGACAUCAACAGUGAAAGGAGUUAUGAUACCAUGAAGGCCUACGGACAGAGCAAGCUGGCUAACGUCCUCUUUGCACGCUCAUUGGCAAAACUCUUACAAGGUACAGGGGUGAGCGUGUUCUCUCUGCACCCGGGUGUGGUGCAGUCUGACCUGUGGAGGCACCAGCACCAGUGUAUUCAGGUGGCAGUGAAGAUCUUCAGGGUUUUCACCAAAACAACGGUGGAGGGAGCACAGACCACCAUCUACUGUGCUGUACAGCCUGGCCUGGAGAGUCAGAGUGGAGGGUACUUCAGUGACUGCGCUCCCGCAAGGUGCUCAAGGGCUGCUUCUAAUGACGACUUGGCCCAGAAACUGUGGGAGGUCAGCUGCAACAUGCUCGGCAUCACCUGGCAGUGAAUAGCUGCAAAUGAACUAUACAGGGAAGAACAUUAAAGUAUAUGCUACUGUAUGUAUAAACAUCAUCAUUCAAACAGCACUGUUAAGCACUUUCAUAGAGGCAUUAAGGUUGAUGUUACUGUUGUGGAAAAGAUGUACAGUAUUUUAUGUCAGAAUAGCCCAAAAGACAUUGGAUCACUACCAGAAGCUCACUUAUUUUAUAAAUGAUCAAAUAAAAUCUUACAUUUUAGUCAAAUUAUAUUUCUCAGACAAUAUU